AUGGAUAUAACAUACAAAGAAGCCUUGAUGGGGGCAUUAUCUAGCAUAAAGAAAAUUACCCCCUUUAAGAGAGAGCUGAACCGUAAACCCCUGUCUAGCUACAGGGAAUUUCUGGCGCGAGCGCAGGGGUACAUCAACGCCGAAGAGGCAGACACAAACGACCCCGAGCACAGGUCCAACAAGAAUAAAGGAACCGAACAAGGGUCGACGCAUGUGAAACAGGACGGGAAAAAGCGUCGAGGUGGAGGAAGCGGAGAUAAGGAGCCAGUGCGACGACGAGCGCUUCAGAAGCCGAGGCAAGAGGAUACCCGUAAGCCUCGACUGUUCCAAAAAUACGAUUCCUACCACGAGCUAACGGUAGGAGUCGAGAAGGUCUUCAAUCAGGUCGGCCGCGGGAACUUGCUGCGCCGACUGGAACCAAUGAAGUCAGAUCCCAGCCGAAGGAACCAGAAGAAAUUCUGUAGGUUCCACGGCGAUGUCGGCCACCACACUAACGAUUGCGCCGACCUCAAGGAUGAAAUUGAGAGAGUGAUCCGUGAGGGAAGGUUACAAGAGUUCAGGGCCGAACGGAGACCUCGAAAUGACAGCCACGGUGGGCAAAAUGACGGUCGACGCCGAGAGAAGAACCAGCGCCCAGAGGAUCGUGAACCCGUCGGCGUCAUACGAAUUGUCCUCGGCGACCCCUAUAUAGGAGGAGACUCAAUGAGGUCUCAGAAGGACUACGACCAUGAGGCCAGGGAGGUUUACCAGGAGCGAUUCUGGAGCGUCUCCGCUGCAAAAACCCCAAGGUAUAGCCACACCGACGUGGCCUUUAAUGAGGAUGACGCCAGCGGAGUUCACUUCCCCCACAACGACGCAUUGGUGGUGGAAGCCAUGAUAGAGAACCACACCGUGUGCCGAAUCCUGGUGGACAAUGGGUGCUCGGUGGACCUCCUAUACUCCGACUGCUUGGAGAAAAUGGGGAUCCAAAAGGAACAGUUGGAAAAGACCUCCAGGCCACUAUAUGGUUUCACCGGGGACUCCGUCAUCCCCCAGGGGACCAUCCGGUUGCCUAUAACCGCCGGAGAAAAACCCCGAUAG